AUGGCAUUCUCGUUUGCUGUCAGCAAGCGGCUCCAUUCCGCGGAGGGGCACCCGAUGAUAUAUGAAGCAUGUCCCGCGCCGCUACGUUCUGGCUUCAAAAAUCAGAAACUGAACGACCUAGGAAAAAACACUAUUGAUCGUUUCACUACGUUGAGACAGAAUGGGCUCCAUCGCAGGAAGCACCGAGGUGCCAAUCGCCCGCUAUCUAUGGCAGAGGAUGGCAGGAUCCGGCAGCUGGGCGUCCGUAGUGUGAUGGGCGUUCCUGGUGACAUGAACCUCGAACUACUUGAUUACAUCGACGAGGUUGACGGACUGACAUGGGUGGGAAAUUCCAACGAGCUAAAUGCAGCAUAUGCUUCGGACGGAUAUUGUCGGGUUAAGGGGUGUCCUGGCGUCUUUGUAACGACGAUGGGAGUCGGCGAGCUAAGCGCUAUCAACGGUGUAGCUGGCGCGUACACUGAGAAUGUGAAGCUGAUCCAUAUUGUUGGGACAACGGGGAUGAAGGCGCAGGAGACGCGGGCUAUGAUCCAUCACUCUCUAGGGCCGAACCCAGAUCACAGGGUAUACGCAAAGAUAUCAGAAUCUGUUAGAGCUGCACAUUGCUGGCUUGACAACGCCAUGACCGCCCCUUCUGAGAUAGACAGAGUGAUCAAAGAGUGCUACAUCCAGAGCCUGCCGGUAUAUAUCUUUGUACCCAUGGAUUUUGUCCACAAGCCAGUCUCCUCCGCCGCGCUCGAGAGACUUCCAGGCGUAAUGCCUACCACAGACGGAGAGGCCUGCAGAUCCGCCGUGGAUAUGGUUGUAAAGAAGCUACACUCCUCCCUGGCACCAUCCAUUAUUGUUGACGCGCUCGUCGCCAGAUUUGGUGCAGCAGCAAUAGCCAACCAGCUUAUAGAUCAGCUUGCAAUCCCGACAUUCACAACGCCAAUGGGCAAGUCCAUCAUUGACGAGGACAAGGCCUACUUCCACGGUGUAUAUAACGGCCGGGUCUCACUCCCAGGUGUCUUGGAUAUCAUCGAGAACCAGAGUGAUUUGGUUAUCGACGUUGGACCGUGCCACUCAGACUCAAAUACUGGCGGGCACUCUAGAAAUCUCACAGACAGGGAACAGUAUAUCUUGAUCGCAGCGGACUAUGUCCAGGUUGGCCAUGCUCGGUACAGUAAUGUUCAUAUUGUUGAAUUCCUUACUCGCCUCUCAGAAGCCCUUGCCAUCAAGCCUGUCUCCCUGAACAACAGCAAUAACAACAACAACACUCCGAAACCACCGCCACCCGUUCUAGCCGACGCCGCAACGCACAUAACCCAGUCCUGGAUAUGGACGCGGAUAGGCGCAAUGACCAAACCGGGAGAUAUUGUAAUUGGCGAAUCAGGGACCGCCCAGUUCGGCUUCUCCGACGCACACUUUGCCCCGGGCGUGCAGUACAUCACACAGAUAUACUUUGGCAGUAUCGGGUACUCUGUCCCCGCCGCCCUUGGAGCUGCAGUUGCACAGGCGGAAUCGGAAUCGGAAUCUGGAAGACCUGGGAGAAUAAUACUUGUUGUUGGGGAUGGGAGUCUGCAGCUCACGGUGCAGGAAAUUGGGACGAUGGUUAAGUUGGGGUUGAAGAAUGUGCUUAUACUGGUUAUUAACAAUAGCGGCUACACGAUUGAGAGGGCUAUUCAUGGUCCUACAAAAGGCUACAACGACAUCGCUUCUUGGAACCACCAGCUGCUCCUCAGUGCUUUCGGUGCAGAGGAUGGCGGACGAAACAGCCGCCGCGUGUAUACAAAGGCAGAAUUCGAGAAGAUCAUUUCAACACCGGAAUACGUGGAGCCGAGCUCGAUUCAGUUGUUGGAGGUUAUGAUGGACAAGAUGGAUGUGCCUUGGCGGCUUCAGGCACAAAUCGAUUUGAUUAAUGAGCGGAACAAAGUUAAUGGGAAGUGA